AUGGCACGGGGAGGAGCUCACGUCGUCGCGGCGGCGGCUCUGCUGCUCCUGCUGCUCCUCGCGGCAGGCGGCGGCGGCGUGCAUUGCCUGAGGUCAAGGGCGGUGAGCGGCGCCACGGUCCUGGAGCUGCGGCACCACGCCAGCUUCGGCCCAGGCGGCAGGAGCAGCAGGGCGGAGGAGGCCCGCGGCGUCCUGGCCUCCGACGCCGCCAGGGUCUCGUCGCUGCAGCGGCGCAUCGGCAGCUACGGGCUGAUCAGGUCGUCGGACGCGGCGUCCAAGCUGGCGCAGGUCCCCGUCACCUCCGGCGCCAUGCUCCGGACGCUCAACUACGUCGCCACCGUGGGCAUCGGCGGCGGCGAGGCCACGGUGAUCGUGGACACGGCGAGCGAGCUCACCUGGGUGCAGUGCAAGCCGUGCGACGCCUGCCACGACCAGCAGGAGCCGCUCUUCGACCCGUCGGCGUCGCCGUCCUACGCCGCCGUGCCGUGCAACUCCUCCUCCUGCGACGCGCUGCGGGUGGCCACCGGGAUGUCCGGCCAGGCCUGCGACCAGCCCGCGACCUGCAGCUACGCCCUCAGCUACCGCGACGGGUCCUACUCCCGCGGCGUGCUGGCGCACGACAAGCUGAGCCUGGCCGGCGAGAACAUCGAGGGCUUCGUGUUCGGCUGCGGCACCAGCAACCAGGGCCCGUUCGGCGGCACGUCCGGGCUGAUGGGGCUCGGCCGGAGCCAGCUCUCGCUCAUAUCCCAAACCAUGGAGCAGUUCGGCGGCGUGUUCUCCUACUGCCUGCCGCCGAAGGAGUCCGGCUCGUCGGGGUCCCUCGUCCUCGGCGACGACUCCUCGGUGUACCGGAACUCCACCCCGAUCGUGUACACCGCGAUGGUCUCCGACCCGCUGCAGGGGCCCUUCUACAUGGUCAACCUGACCGGGAUCACCGUGGGCGGCGAGGAGGUGCAGUCCCCGGGGUUCUCGGCCGGCGGCGGCGGCAGGGCCAUCGUCGACUCCGGCACGAUCAUCACGAGCCUGGUGCCGUCCGUGUACGCGGCGGUGCGGGCCGAGUUCCUGAGCCAGCUGGCGGAGUACCCGCAGGCGCCGCCCUUCUCCAUCCUGGACACCUGCUUCGACCUGACGGGGCUGAGGGAGGUGCAGGUGCCGAGCCUGAAGCUGGCGUUCGACGGCGGCGCGGAGGUGGAGGUGGACUCCAAGGGCGUGCUCUACUUAGUCAGCGGCGACGCCUCCCAGGUGUGCCUAGCGCUGGCCGCCCUCAGGUCCGAGGACGACACCCCGAUCAUCGGCAACUACCAGCAGAAGAACCUGAGGGUGAUUUUCGACACCGCGGGGUCUCAGAUCGGGUUCGCGCAAGAGACUUGUGAUUACAUUUGA